GAAAGUAUGUAAACAUAUGGAUUACUAAACUAUAAGUGCUAAUAGUGAAAUACUCCUUUAAUCACUGAGUAAUCACUCUCUAACCAAUCACGUUUUUGUCUAGAUCAAAUCUUGAUCUAGAGUAGAUUUAUAGAACCCUAUAUCAAAAUAGAUCAGGACCUAGAGUCUAGUAAAUUCUUUUAGUUCCUAGAAAGAUGACUUAUUUCUCUUCAUGGGAGGAAUUUGAGAAAGCCGCUGAGCGAUUGUAUUUGUCUGAUUCAUUAAAAUGCAGAUUUGUGACCAAAUAUAGACACUGUGAUGGCAAACUAAGUCUGAAAAUAACAGAUGAUAAAGUUUGUUUACAGUAUCGUACAGAGCAUGCUCAAGAUAUUAAAAAGUUGGAAAAACUGACAGGUCAUCUAAUGCGGCACAUGGCAUCAAAGGAGAAAUAAAUUAGCUUCAGCGUAUAUGUUUAUAAAUGAGCUAUUCCAUAAAGUGAAAUUAGUUGCACAUAUGUUUACUAGUUUAGGUACUUGGAUAUAUAUUUUAUUGCAUUCAAUGGUAUUGCUAUAUUUUGUGUCAUUGUUUAUUUUACAAUUUGUAGCAUUGAAAAUUAAAAAACUUCAUUAGUUAAAAAAAAAUUGUUGGUUUAUUGUAUAUUUUUUUGUGGGACAAUUUGAAUGGGCAUUGAUGCAGUAGGUGGGUUUUGAACACACAACCAGAAUACAUAAAAUUGUAGAUUUGUAAUAUUAAAAAAGUUGUUUUUUUAAAAGACAAUUCUUCUUUUAUACAUCUGACCAACCUAAUGAAUAAUAGAUUUAGAACAAGCAAAAUAAAAAAAAAAACUUUUCUUAAAACAAAGGUUAUACCGGUAUUAAGUGUAGUUGUAUCAAUUAGUUUCGAUCAGUCAUGGAACUAAAUUUGUAAUAGCUUUACACUAACAAUAUUAAAUCUGUGAUUAGAAAUAUU